UUUCAAAUGGCAAUUCAAAUUUGUUCAUUGCCAAAACAACUUGCUCAAACAAAUCCUCACCUUUGGUAGUGCCAUGCAUGGCUUAACAUUUAAAAGCAUGUCAGAAAAUGAAUAAUUGCAAUCAUAGUAAUAUACAAGGUAAUAAUAUUAAAUAUUAAAAUCGGUCUGGGCUAUAUAAGGCUCAGGUGUGACUCAGAUUUGGGGAUUCUGGUUUACUUAAGGCUGAGAACUGACACCAAUAAUGAAACCUGUUUUGGCCCAGAUCAGGGCCAGAUAAGGCUGAUUAAAUGGCUGAGAUUUGGGCUGGUUAUGGCCCAUGUGUGGCCCUAGUCUUUAAUCCAGUUCUGGGCCACUUCCGAGCCGCCAUUCUUUGCGGUACUUGGGCCGAGGGAAAAGUCAUUGUGUGGCCCGGAUCUGGGCCAGAAGACAUUUGCUAUGUGGGAAAGAACAAUUAAAAAAAAAAAAUGUGGCAACUGACAUUAUGCAACAUACACUGUUGGUUUUUCUGAACUAAACUAUUCAGAGUUAAGUCAUUUAAAGCCAUUUCCACAUUUUAUGCAGACUUAUGGCCAGAUAAAUGUCUCCACCCCCCUUUAAAGUAUAUUUAUACAGUUUUUGCCAGCGAGAGCUCACUGAUUGUCUUCAUGAUGACCAUCAUCUCUCUGCUCCUGCUGGCCUCUCUGCUGCCACACCUGACCUUCACUGCUCAUGUGGGCAUAGUUAACGGCACAGAAGCAAAACCCCACUCCAGACCUUACAUGGUUUCUAUUCAGAUUUCUGAGCAGCACAUCUGCGGUGGAUUCCUCAUCUCUGAUGAGUUUGUCUUGACUGCUGCACAUUGCUGGAAUGGAUCUCAGAUUCUGACAGUUGUGGUUGGUGCUCAUGACUUAAGGAAAAGUAAGACUUUGAACCGCAUCGGAGUGAAGAAGUACAUCCCACAUCCAGACUACAAAAUCCGUCCUAUUCGGAAUGACAUCAUGCUUUUGAGGUUACAGAAAAAGGUCAAACUAAACAAUGUUAAAUGGAUAUUAUUGCCAAAGAAAGGAGAAGAUAUUGAGGCAAAUACUCUCUGUAGUGUUGCUGGCUGGGGAAAACUUUGGACUGAUGGCCCACGGAGUAGUCUUCUAAUGGAGGCAGAUGUGUAUAUAAUAGACAACAGAGAAUGUUUCAAGAAGUGGGGAGAGAUCUACUACUCAGUCUCACAGAUGAUGUGUACACACGGCUCUGGUGGAUUCUGCCAUGGAGAUUCUGGGGGCCCUUUGGUUUGUGGAGACACUGCAGUUGGUGUUGUUUCAUUUUGUUACUUGAAUCUCUGCAAUUCACCUGUGUAUCCUAAUGUGUACACUAAGAUUUCAGCAUAUCUUCCAUGGAUCAAGAAAAUCAUUCGAAAAAUAUAAAAAGGAAGAAUUUUUUUUUUUUCUUAAAUAUUUCUUUAAAAUUUUACUUUCAAUAAAAGUAUCACAUGG